AAUUUACCAUUCGCCUCGGAAUGUGAAUUCCGAGGAAAUAACUCUCAAUUAAUCGGUGGACAGGGAGGACUUCCUGGGGGAUACUUUAUAGAAGGUAUGAAUCCACCAGCACCUCACUAUCAACAACAAGACUAUGAUCCGCCGCCACCACCACCUCAAACUGUAGAGAAAAUAUCCAGUCUAGAUAACAGUGGAGAUGUUGAAGUAAUCACUUUGGAUCAUGAUGAUUCACGCUCACCUUCACCUAAUGAUGAUAGAUAUAGAAGGAGGAGAAGAAGUAGAUCAAGAGAUAGAAGAGGAAGAGAAAGAGAAAAUAGAAAAAGAUCCAGGUCCAGAUCUGGGAGCCGUAGACACAGGUCAAGAUCAAGGGACAGGGGUGAUAGGAAUAAAAAAGAAAAGGAGAAGGAUAAAGACAAAAAGGAAGAGAAAGAAACUGAAAAAGAUAGAGAAAGAAAGAAAAGGGGUUUACCUGCUAUCAAGAAAGAUCAUCUCAGUGUUUGCAGCACAACUUUAUGGGUGGGGCACCUUUCAAAAUUGGUGCAUCAAGAUGAUUUAUCUAAUACCUUUGGUGAAUUUGGAGAUGUAGUCAGCAUAGACUUGAUACCACCAAGAGGAUGUGCUUUCAUUGUGAUGCUUCGUAGACAAGAUGCUGCUCGCUGUUUAGGCAAAUUGAAAGGUCACAUUUUACAUGGAAAAGCUAUAACGUUGGCAUGGGCCCCAGGAAAAGGUGUAAAAGGCAAAGAUUUGAAAGACUAUUGGGAGGGUGAUCUUGGGGUAUCUUAUAUACCCUUUGUUAAAAUCAAAGAAGAUAUAGAUAUUGACAUGUUGGAAGAUGGCGGAAUGAUAGAUGAGGAUACAAUGCCUAUCUGGAUGAAAGAAAAAAUUGAAAGAAUGGGGAAAAAGAAUAUUCCCAUUGAUUUACAGAGUUAUUUAAUUCCUGAUAUUCCUAAACCCCCCUCUCAAAUUGACACUAGCCAGCCACCUCCAAUGCCUGGUGCUGGAUUGCUACAACCUCCUCCAAUGCUACCAAUGGUAUCUCCAUUCCAGUUCAACAGUAGAUUGCUUAGUAUGAACGUUCCACCAACUAUGAUGCCCAACAUGCCAAAUGCACCUAAUAUACCAUUCGGAGUACCUCCACCUAAUAUUGCAGGACAUAUGAUGCCUAAUCAGUUGAUAGGAAUAGGAUCUCCUUUCCAGGGACCACCAGGUAUGAUGCCCCCUCAACUUCCUCCAGUUGAUAAUAAGGCUCCAAAUGUAAACACCGAAGCAAACUUGCAGAGUUUGAGUAAAUCUUUGAUGAAUAUUACACAAUCCUUUGGAUUAGUCCCUCAACCGCCAGGCCCUCAUGAGGACACUAUGGAUAUAGAAAUGGAAGAUGCAGAAAAAUCUUUGGACAAACCGUCUUCAUUUAAUGAACAAUCUACAGGUGGACCUUACAACAGAUCCAAUAGAAGUGAUGAUAAAAGAGACCGAAGGGAUGAUAAAGACAAGAGAAACAGGAGUAGAGACAGAGAUAGGGAAAGAGACAGGGACAGAGAAAGAGAACGUGGUAGGUUCAGUAGCCGAGAAAGGGACCGAAAAGAUAGAGACAGAGAUAUCAGUCGAGGAAGGGAUCGAGAUAGAAGAGAUGACCGUAGAGAACGUAACAACCGAUGGGGUGACCGUGAUAGAGAAAAUCGAGACAGAGAUCGUAGAGAUAAUAAAGAAGUGGAAAGUAAGGGCGAGGAUAGGCGUGACCGUGAGAAAACUCUUAAUGACAGGCUCAGAGAAAUGGCUGGAAUGAGUGGGAUUGAUGAUUCUAAUAGAGACAGAAACAGGGAGCGAUCAUUCAGAGAUAAGCGUUCUGAUAGUGGCUCAAGGUUCCAACCACCCAUUAGAGGUGGUAAUGACAGGCUUGGUGAGGACGUCAAUAAAGGCCCAACCAAUCAAGAUCAAAUGAUGAAUGAUUGUUCAAGAGCAUCUCGUCCUAAAUCAGAAGAACAAUUUAGUUCAAAACAAGGUCCUUCUGACUCGAUCAAAAAUAAUAUACCUUCAGCCAUUGAUCCCAUUAACAAAGGUGAUUUUGCUUUGUUUGAGAAAACUAAAACAGCUUCAGAAAAAGAUGAUAAUGGUAAUACCAAUGAAGAGAAAGAGACGAAGAAAGAUUCUAAUGAUUCAGUUGAAGGCAUGUCUGUUCCAUUGUCUGAAGGUCCCUCACAGAAUGUGGAUGGAACAUCAGAAAUCAGAACAGGUGGACAAUCAGAAAUGGAAAUGCCUUCUGAUAUGAUGAUGGAUGAUCCCCCAGAUAUGACCGGUUCAGCAUCUCUUCAUUUUGAACCGCCUGGUACAAUAAAUGGUCCUCCACCUAUGAUCUUUAAUGGUCCUCCUAAUAUGAUGUUUGGUGGGCCCCCAAACAUGAUGUUUGAGGGACCUCCAAAUGUAAUGUUUGAUGGAAUGCCAAACAGAAUGAUGAAUGGCCCACCAGAUAUGAUGGAUGGACCACCAAACAUGAGAAUGCGUGGAAGAGGGCGAGGCAGACGUGGACUUCCAAAUAUGAGAGAUGGACCUCCACAUAUGAUGGAUGGACCUCCUAAUAUGCACAGAGAUGCAAUGAUGGAUGGUCCUCCAAUGUUGAUGGACCGACCACACAAUUUGUUAGAUGAGGCACCCCCACAUAUGUCACACUUCAGAGAUGAUAGAAUGAAUGUAAGGGGUGGUAGAAGAGACUUUGGUCCAAGAGGAAUGCAUGGUCCACCUGAUGCAGACUUUUUCCCAAGAGAUGAUUUUGGUCCAAGGGGACCACCAUUCAUGAGAGGCGGCCCCAGAGGUCACAGAGGAAGGGGACAGUUCUUUGGACCAAGAGGCAGGGGUAGAGGUCAAUUUAGGGAUGGGCCCUUCAAUCCACAUUUUGAUGGACCACCAGUUGAGGGUCCUCCAUUUGAUGGCCCGCCUUUUGAAGGUCCAUCAUUUGAUGGCCCGCCUUUUGAAGGUCCAUCAUUUGAUGGACCACCAUUCAGGGGACCAGGUCCAAGAAUACGUCCUCACUUUGAUGAUGGCAGACCUAAUAAAAGAUUCAGAGGACCUGGAUUUGAAGAAAGAUCUUGGGUACGUCCAGAUUUAAAUGAUACAGAUGAGGGAGGUUUUUCCCUCUCAAGUAGAUCAGGCGGCAGAAGAAGUAGAUGGGGAGGAGAAUCACCACACCAAAAUGAUGAAUAUUUAGGUGAUAACGCUGUAACACAGCAAGGUGGAGAUGAAUAUGGAGAAAAAGACAUCGAGACAGCACCUGGCAAUGGAGAAGUAACAGUUAACAUCCAUGAAGAAAUGGUUCACAGUUCAGGAGACAUAACUAACGAUCAGGAAGGAGUAGCUGACAACCAAGAAAUCUCAAAUAACAGAGAUGAUACAUCUACUCCUGUUGCUGAUGAAUGUCCUCCUCCGGAAGAAGCCAAUACUACAUCUGUAGAAGAUGCUGGUCCCCCUGGUGAUGAAUAAAUUGUAUUCAAUUAAUAAAUAAUUUUAUUGCAUCAUAGAGAACAUUGUGGAAUUUUCUUUAGGUAAGAUCAUGUUGAUUAUAUUCGAUUUUUUUAAUUUGUAAAAUGCAAUAAGUGUAUAAAUUUAUCAAUUUUUGUGUAGGUACGUUAAAAUUGUACAUAUAUACAUAUAUAUUUUAGAACUUGAAGAGAACUCUUGUGAGAUAAUGAUAUAUAUGAUAUUCAUAAGGAACACUUAGCUGUGAUUUUGGUGCGGUGAACACAGGUGAACACUCAGAAUGUUUAACUGUCAUUGUUUUAUUAUAAAUAAAUGUUUUUAUUUAUUA